UGCCACUGAUGAGAGCCCAACAGGAAGUGUGACCUCAUCUUGCCUCUCAGUCUCUGGUUACGCAGGCUGUUUUUGAAAGAAAACAAGAACGGUUAUAAAGCUGACUUUCUCGAGAACGACAUGCCCUUUUAUUCUAAGAAACAGCCAAAAGAACAAGAGGCCACUGAAGACCAAACUUCCCUGCAAACUCCUGCACACAGUGGCGUGUGCAGGCAUCUGUUACUAGGAGGGAAUGAGAUUUCCCUUUAUUACGAGACGUCUCUGCACCUGUUGACACUCUGACAUUAUUUUCAGCUGAAGGACCGCUAAGUCCAGGAUCUCUCCACUGUCAACCAGAGGAAGCUUCGUACUUCAGUGAUUCUUCUAUUUAUCAAUAGGAAAAAGCAACUGGGAACUCCCUUUGGAAGGAGCAUAAAAUCUGUGAAGUUUGAACAAGCAGCCUUCCCAAGAUGUACCGAAUAUCUCAACUGAUGUCAACACCAGUAGCAAGUAAAUGUUCUUCUGGCUCUGAGGGAGGAUAUACUGGAAAGCCGUCUCCCACAUGUGUUUUCCCAAGUUUUGCCUGUGAUUUCCUGGAUGGUGACACUUCCUUCAAAUGCUGCUCCAUAGAUCUGACGGGCUCCUACUCUGCCUGUCGCCGGAGUCCCAGACUCCUCUCCAAUGGCUACUACACUUGGACAGCAGACAGUUUCCUCUGUGACAAAGAUGGCAACAUAACUCUGAGUCCACCCCAGACCAGUGUUCUUUACAAGGAGAAUUUAGUUAGAAUAUUUAGAAAGAAAAGGAGAAUCCGCCGUUCCUUUUCUAAUCUCUUCAGCCUCAGUGCCUCUAAAUCCUGGCUGCAUGGAAACAUCUUUGGUGAUGUUGACUCUCCCCUAAGUGAGGACACCUGGUUGGAGGGGGUCAGGAGGCUGGAUGCACACCAUUGCAGUGAGAUCGGAGUUAAGGCACAUGAGGACAGAGACAUCAUCUUCACCAUUGUAUCCCAGCAGCUAGAAGAGGAUCCUGACUGGCCGCUGACUGAUGCCUGGGAGUCGGAGGGGACGACAGCAGCCUCCACCUGCGGCCCUGCCAUGUCCCAGACUCCCCGACAAAACACCCACAACGGGGCUCUCCAGACUCAUGGGAUGGCUUCGGAACAUCUCCCAGGGAACAUUUUGGAUCAUGCAAAAACCAGUUUGUGGCGAGAGGUCUCCUUUCAAGCAAUUCUGCUGGCUGUGUGCUUCAUCGUCUGUGCAUGUGCAAGAUGGUUUCUGGGAGGAAUAUCAGUCAGUGUCUUCACAUGCUCAUUAAUGAUAACUAUUGCCUAUACUGUCAAGUCAUUAUUUCUCGGCCUUGCCAGCUAUGUCAAAACCACCACUUGUGCUCAGUUUGCCAAAAUUUGACAACCAUUUAGGACUGUCUCUGAUGAAUGCCUUCAAUCUGAAUAUCCAGAAAUUGUCUGAUUUGCAGUCUGCUUGGAAUCAACCACAUUAUUGGAAGGCAGUGAGCAACUGGAUAAUCAAAAAAACAUUUUAAUUUGGUUAUGUGUUUUUAAAAAGAAAUCUCAUUUUUGCCCUCAUUCUUGUAAUAUGCUCGGGAAAAUAAUAUUAAUUUGUCUUUUCUAUGCAAACCCUUAGCAGUUGAAAGGGAACAGACCAGGAAAUGUGAUAGAGAAGGAACCACCUGGGUAGAUGUUCCCCUUUUAUCCCCUGAGGCACGAUUUUCAAUUGUUAAUUUUCAUUUAGAGAAUUCUAUGAGGUGCUUGUAACAGUGCAGAUUCCUGGACCUGCCUGCAAACACCUAUCCCUUUACUGAAAUGCUUUAAUUGAAUAAUGUAAGCAAGUCUCUAUAGUCAAUAACCAACUUGAAAGUAAAUAAAUUGUAGUUUGCACAUAAAAUACAAUAUAGAAAAAAAAUUCAUCCCCCCCCCCCCGCCCAUUCCUGCCCCUAGGAGUGGCUUGAUGGGAGUUGGUGUCAGCAGAUGCCAGUUAAUGGAAAAUGGGCAGGAGAGAGCCUUUCUUUGGGAAUGCACAUUCUUCUUUUGAAUCAUUUUCCUUACAGUUUUCAGCCUUCUUGGGACUCAUGAUUACCUUUCAUUCAUGUGCAAUUAAAAUAAAGAUAUAAGAGAAAAAAAUCUUUAAGGGCCAAAUAAGUAAGGCAAAAUACCAGAGUGCCUUGAAAUGCAUAAAAACGGUGCAGUUGCCCAGCCAACUGGAGGGUCAUAGAAGAAACUGUCAUUGCUUUUGCUUGGAGUAUGUUCUUGAGGCAAACAUGGCCUGCAACUCAAAGUUGUUCUCUGAUAUUCUCUGGCUAGACACCUGUGUGGAGAAGAUUGUCUUUGCUAAAAUGGUAAUAUCAGGAUACUACUCUUUAUAUGAUUUGUAUUUAGUGAAUUUGAUUUGAAAAGAGUACUCUACUAGUAAGUAAAUGAGGUCAUCAGCAAAUUAUAUAUAUGUAUCUGUCAUCUAUCUAUCUAUCUAUCUAUCUAUCUAUCUAUCUAUCUAUCUAUCUAUCUAUCUAUCUAUCUCUAUCUCCAUAAGAGUGGUCAUGGCAGAGAGCAAUUGGACACUGUAUUAGUUUGCUAUAGCUGCUGUAACAAAUUACCACAAACUGAUGGCUUAAAAUGACACAAAUUUAUUGUUUUACAUCUCAGGAGUCUAUAAUCAAGGUGUUGGCAGUGCUGUUUUCCUUCUGGGGGCUUCAGGGAAGAAUCUGUUUCCUUGCCAGUUUCAGCUUCUGCUGGCAAAGUGACUCCUUCCUCUUGCUUCAAGGCACACAACUCGCUUCAAGCAUCACCUUCUCCUCUUCUGCAAGGAAAUAUCCCUUCACCUCUCUCUCAAAGAACACAUGUGUUCAUCUCUAAUUAUGACUUCCCUCGGAACAUCAACAAAUAUAUGCGUAGAGUAGGGCAAACGGGAAGAGCAGGGAGGACUGGAGUGUCUGUUACCCUUAUCACUAGAAAUGACUGGAGGAUUACUGGUGCAUUAAUUAAGAUUCUGGAAAGAGCACAUUGGAGUAUCCCAGAGGAUCAUGUGGCAAUGGCCGGGAGAUAGAAGCAAAUAAACUGCAAAAAGAAAUGAAAAAAAGUUGGGAGAGACCCAAGAAAUCAUAUCGUUAAUGUCUAUGUUGAAAGUGAUAACAGCCUACUUACAGGAGAUUUCAAGAUUUUUUAGAGAUAUAUUAUUUAGGAUAUGUGAUCAUAUCACAUAUGACUGAUUUUUAAAAUAAUAGUGAUUAAAAAUGUAGAAUUCAGUAUUUUAUAGUUUCUUUAAUAAAAUCAAGUUUUUUUUAAAUAAAGGA